UUGGAUAGUGUUGACUUUUUGUCGUGUUAACCAAACAGCAGUUUUGCUCAAAUCUUCUUAAAGCCUAAAUUAUGUCUCCUCCAACUGUUCCUCCGAUGGGGGUAGAUGGCGUGUCCGCAUACCUGAUGAAGAAAAGGCACACCCACAGGAAGCAACGGCGUAAGCCCACUUUCCUCACUCGCAGGAACAUCGUAGGCUGCCGCAUUCAGCACGGCUGGAAGGAAGGCAACGAGCCUGUGGAGCAAUGGAAGGGCACUGUACUAGAGCAGGUUUCCGUAAAGCCCACUCUCUACAUCAUUAAAUAUGAUGGCAAGGAUAGUGUGUAUGGAUUAGAACUGCAUCGAGAUAAGAGAGUUUUAGCACUGGAGAUUCUUCCAGAGAGAGUACCAACUCCUCGCAUCGAUUCUCGCCUGGCAGAUUCUUUGAUUGGGAAGGCAGUGGGGCAUGUGUUUGAAGGCGAGCAUGGCACGAAAGAUGAAUGGAGGGGUAUGGUCCUGGCGCGAGCCCCCGUGAUGGAUACUUGGUUUUACAUAACCUAUGAAAAAGAUCCGGUCCUCUAUAUGUACACUCUUUUGGAUGAUUACAAAGAUGGAGACCUACGCAUCAUUCCAGAUUCCAACUAUUAUUUCCCCACCGCAGAAAGGGAGCCUGGGGAGGUGGUCGACAGCCUCGUGGGCAAGCAAGUGGAGCACGCCAAAGAUGAUGGAUCCAAGAGAACCGGCAUUUUCAUCCAUCAAGUGGUGGCUAAGCCGUCUGUUUAUUUCAUUAAAUUUGAUGAUGAUAUUCACAUCUACGUUUAUGGUUUGGUGAAAACUCCCUAAAUUCAUUAUGGUCUUUGCAAAAAUUGGGCAAUAUUACAUGUAAAUUGUUUCCUGUUCUCUGGCUUGUGAACUUGGAGAAAAGUUUUUCUGUUAAAUUCAGGAAAGUGAAUAAAUCUUAUUUUGCCUAGAUAUCCUACAUUGAGUAGCAGCCACGGUUUUGCCCCAAGUACAGUUUUGUCCUUUUGAUAGUUUCCUUUUGUAAUUGAACAUUUAAACUGGGCACUAAUAGAUUACUUUUAAAAAUGUUUGCAAUGAUUGUAUUAAUGCAAUAGUAGAAUAAUAAAAAGCAGUGGAAUGACUCCAUGUCAUGCCAUUGCCCAGCCUCUCCUUACCUAUCCCUUCUCUUCCAGCCAGGUAGCAAAUGCUGACAUAUCCUUGUGUAUAUUUUUCAAAUCAUCAUACAGAAGGUUUAUUGUGAUAAUUUGUUUAAAAAUGUCAAGCCACAUGCAUUUCUUUAACUGCUUUUCUUGCUUGGCAAAUAGAUGUCAUCUUUCCAGAUAAGCAGCUACAGCCUCCCUUCCUCCCUCCCCCAUGUUUCCAUCUCUCACUCCUCUGCUCUCUUUUCCCUCCAUUUUUCCUCCCUCCCUCCACAAGCGACUGCAUAUACAGUCAUGUGGAUGUACCAAAAAAGAUAUUCAACUGAAAAGGUAUUCAAUUUGUUAGUUAAUUAGCUAACUAUUGAUAGGCUGCUUUUUGAAACAUUUUAA